UUUGUGAUUAUUUCUUCUUCUUUUCUUAGAAACAGAUGAAUCGAGUUGUUGAAGAAGAUCAAGUCUCCAUGAUUAUGGAUGAUGAGGAAAUCUCAGACGCUAUGUCUGGAAGUAACGAGCUUGUUUCAGGUUCCAAUUGUUUCGAGCACUUUGUUGCAAACGGCUUCUUUAAGAUAGACCAAUCAAGCUUAGAAAGCUGUAUUAUUCAAACAAGUGUAUCGCAAAAAUUACAGAUGUCUAAGAGAACAAGAGUCGUGGCGAUUCAUAAGAACUUUAACUCUAGUCGGUCCUGGCAAAUUCGAGCACACAGUUUCCGUGUUACUGCUAAGGCGGUGGCUGAUAAGUGUGGUGGAGACGCGCAGAUCCGGUAUGCUUGGUAUGGUGCUUCCAGAGAUGAGAUUUGCGAGAUUGUGACGCAUGGAUUUAGUUGGCGUUCUAAAUCCGCUGCCGAUUCACAUAGCAUCUCUUUGUCUCCUGCAAAACAUGUCAUUGACUGUGUGUUGUCUUCAACGGUUGAUGAAAGUGGAUUGAGGCAUUUGUUGUUAUGCCGAGUUAUAUUGGGGAAACAAGAACCGGUAACCGGAGACUCAUCCAAUCAGUUUCACCCAAUCUCGUCGGAGUUUGAUUCCGGCGUAGAUGAUAUCUCAGCUCCCACGAAAUACAUCAAUUGGAAUUCUCGCUUGAAUUUUAGUAUCCUCCCUUGUUACAUUGUCAGUUUUGAGGCCCCUUACUUAAAAGGAUUAACAGAGGUAAAAACCAUCAGGCGUAAAUCAUCAUUGGUGACGUUUCCCACAUUGAUUUCCAUACUCUCUCGGUUUUUAGAUCAAUCACGGAUGGCUUCCCUAGAAAAACAAUACACAUAUUUUAAGGGAAAAGAAAUUACAAGGCCGCAAAUGAUACAGAGGGUGAAAGAAAUAGCUGGAAACAUGUUGUUAUCUGCCAUAUUCAACAUGUACACAAACAAGGAUAUUCAAGUUACCAGCAGCGGAAGGGCGGCGAUGCCGAUAGUUCGAUAAUAGGAGUGGAAGUCUUCGGUUAUGGUUUAUUUAUGGACCCAUCCAUUUGGUAUUACAUGGUUACACUUGUAACAUUUGAAUUCUGUAACAGAAAUAGUAGAUAAUUCUAUUGGUUUACAACUUAAAUUAAGAGUCUAAAGGCCAUUGACUUG